AUGACCACCGUGCAGAAAAUAAAGGAAAUCGAAGAUGAGAUGGCCAAAACCCAAAAGAACAAGGCCACGAGUUUUCAUCUUGGCCAGUUGAAAGCGAAGCUUGCCAAACUACGGCGCGAGCUCAUCUCGCCGUCCAGCGGAGGGGGUGGGGGCGGGGGCGGCCUUGGUUUCGAUGUCGCUCGGACAGGUAUAGCAUCCGUCGGAUUCGUAGGGUUUCCAUCUGUUGGAAAGUCGACUCUGAUGUCCAAGUUAACUGGGACGCACUCGGAGGUCUCGGAGAUCGAUUUCACAACACUCACUACUGUACCCGGUACACUGAAGGUCCAUGGCGCACCUAUUCAAAUAUUGGACUUGCCUGGUAUUAUCGAAGGUGCUGCUGAGGGCCGUGGUCGUGGAAAGCAAGUUGCACGAACCUGUAACCUGAUAUUUAUCGUCCUCGAUGUUCUGAAACCUUUGGGCGACAAGAAGAUAAUCGAAAGUGAACUCGAAGGUUUCGGUAUCCGCCUGAACAAACGGCCGCCUGCGAUCAACGUCCGUAGGAAAGAGAAGGGUGGAAUCGCUAUCACAAAUACAGUCCCUCUAACAAAUAUCGAUCAAGAUGAAAUACGGGCGAUCCUCAGUGAAUAUCGUAUUAAUAACGCCGAUGUUGCCAUUCGAGAACCGAAUGCGACCGCUGAUGAUCUAGUCGAUGUCAUCGAGGGGAACAGAGUAUACAUUCCAGCUCUCUAUAUCCUAAACAAGGUAACACCAAUCCAUCCAAUUUCGUCUGAUUCGAGGUUAACUCUCAGCAACCAGAUCGACGCCAUAUCAAUAGAAGAACUCGACCUUCUAUACAAAAUCCCCAUGAGCGUCCCCAUCUCAUCGCGGGAAUGGCUAAACGUUGACGAGCUCAUGGAGAAAAUGUGGGAGACUCUCGAUCUGGUCCGCGUAUACACGAAGCCCCGCGGUCUCGCGCCCGAUUAUACGCAGCCCGUCGUUCUCAGAAGGGGCAAGUGCACCGUAGAGGACUUCUGUAACGCCAUUCACAAGGAAAUAGCGAAACAGCUGAAGUAUGCUAUUGUUUGGGGUGCCAGUGCGAAACAUUCUCGCGGGCAGAAGGUCGGGCUGGAACAUGUGCUCGAGGACGAAGAUGUGGUACAUAUCGCAAAGAAAUGA